GGCGCCGGCCGCCGGGAGGAGCCGCGGCGCCCCUCUCUCGGGCGCCGAUGCGAGCGCCCAGAGGGCGAGGUCCCGCCGCAGGACGGUCGCCGCCGGUCCCGACGACGCCGUCGCCAGGGCCAGAUCUCCCGCGGGCACGGGCGGCGCGUCCGAGCCGGGUCAGGCUCCAGCGAGAUCACCUCUUCGGCGCCACACGGUGAACAGCGGGAACCACGUCGACAUAACAGCGGUGGGCAAACGCAGCAGUGGAAACCACGGCGACGUGAUGACGGCCUUGGAUACCCUGAAGGAACACAGGGACAAGCAGCCUCUAACGACCGUGGAGGAGCUGUGGGACAUGAUCAAGGGCGCUGACGGCCAUCUCCACAAGGACGUAGAAAUGAGCACGUUCGUCGAGCUCUUCGACACCGUGAGCGUGAUAGACGUCGGCCGCGCCCUCGCAAAGGUCGUCCCCUUCCGCAAGGGCGCGCUCGGCUACACCGUCGACAUGACCAAUGAUGAUGAUUUUGCGCGGCAUGGGAGAACACAACAAGGACGAGGUCCAGUGCCCGUCGGCCUCGCAGGAAAUGGACAGGAUGUGGUCCAUCCUCAAAGGCGGCGGCGAAGGGGCAGAGCAGGAGCAGAAGCGGCAGGAGCUGAAUCGGCAGCUGGUGUACCGUGUGGUGACCCUACAGGAUUUCAUGGUACUCUGCCGCUGCGGGAAGAUCAUUGACCCCACCUUCAAGGACACAAAGUCUGAGAGCCUUGCGAGUUUGUUCCUGCGGGUGCAUAAGAAGAUGCCGGAGCUGCUGGAGGCGCACGCGAGGAGGCGGCGACGGCUGGCCCCGAGGGUGCCCUCGAGACACGAGCAGGGGCUCGCAGGCCGGAACGAGAUGGAGGUCCUGAUGAGCGAGCUGUGGGCCCUGAAGCCGCUCGCCAGCAAGUACGCCGGGCCCUUUGACCUCAUCGCGCAAAUGCUCCAUCGGCAGCUCAGCGAGUCGUUCCUCGACAGUGCAAUCAAGGAGUCCGCCGCGAGGUCGGAGGCGGCCUCCGCGGCCGCCCCCCCGCCCGCCCGCAGGAACAGGAGUAAGGAAGCCGCCGAGCGUUCGGGGAUGCGCUUUUCGACCGCCACGGGCUCGUGAGUGGCCACCGGCUUGCAGCGCCAUCCUGCUUUGAUAUCCUGCACUUGUCUGUCUCGCUGUCCAGCUUUUCAUGGUGCUCUGGCCCAUGUCAGCUGCGCUUUUCCUGCGCGCAGAUCCCUCGGGCUGGCCGCGCGCAGUUCUCAGGAGACGCCCCUGUUUCACUCUCACGCUCUGUCGUUGUGGUGUCGGGCAUUCGGCGAGCGACGAGCGCAAACAGCGUUCCCGCACGAGCUUGGCCAGCGAUCCUACGCGGGCCGUCACUGAGGCCUGUGCGUCCCGGUUUCAAGUUGAUUCCCUUGCCUCCAAUUUAACCCGCGGUUCUGCCGCAGCGGAUUGUUAAAAAUACACCGCAUGCGAGAUGUUCGUUUCUGAAUGUGUUCCUGGUUUUCGCCUGGUCCAGCUUCUCAAGUGCCAGAUUCAGCGAAGCUGUGCACGUGCGAGCUGGAUACGCAGGCUGAUGUAGGAAAGAUGUAUAGACAGGUCUGGAGCCGAGGAUGUAGUACACGGUGAAGGGGGAUCCUUGCUCACUGUCUACUUCGUGUUCCUGCGCCCUCCCCCAAGAACGCGCAGCUGAAAUGCAAG